GAGCAGGGGCGCGCAGUGGCCUGAGGGAGUCUGAGCCGCUCCGCGCAGACGCGCAUCCUCCGACCGCGGCUGCUAUGAGCACGCCGGCCGUUCCCCGGGACCUGCAGCUGCCCCCGAGUCAGAGGGCCCAGUCCGCGUUCAGAGAACAAAGGAGACAGAAAUUCAAGGAACAUCUGUUAAGAAGAAAAACAUUUUGUUCAUACAAACAGGAAAAUCAGACAUUAUCCAGUUGUGGAGAACAGACAAUAAUGACAUCUGAGGACCAGGUCCAAAAAGGAACAAAAGCUCUGAAUCUUAAAACAAAAAUGGCUGAUAAAGAAAAUCUCAAUAGACCUACAGGGAACAAAACUACAACAGUGGACAAAAGUUAUGUUCCUUUAAAACUGUCUAAUGAAUUAAACAACUCAACCACAGUAAUUGAUGCAAAGAAUUUUGGUGAUGAUAAUCAAGCUAUACAAUUGUUAUCAAUUAAAGAGGAUCCCCAAAGUCAACAUAUGACAUUAAGCCAAGCAUUUCACCUUAAAAACAACAAUAAAAAGAAACCAGUGACUGCAGAAAAGCCAAAGCAAGAUGCUAACAUGCCCAAAAAACCUGUGCUUGGAGCUUACCGUGGUCAAAUUGUUCAAUCUAAGAUUAAUUCUUUCAGAAAACCUCUACAAGUCAAAGAUGCAAGUUUGACAACAACGAAACUUGCAACUACUGUCUCUAAAGCCACAAAGCCUCAGCCUGUAAACACUAGCAGUGAAACAGUGAAAAGUGAGCAACCCUCAAAUAUGACAGCUGCCACUAAAUCUGUGAGAGCUACAUCUCAGAAUACACAACUUGUGAGACCUCCUAUUAGAAGUCACCAUGAUAAUACCCAAAACACGGGGAAGCAAAGCAUCAGUAGAACCUUGGCCAACGUUACCAUCCGGAAAGGGCCUCGGGAAAAAGAAUUAUUACAAUCAAAAACAACUUUAUCUAGCAUCAAAACUGCUUCUUCUCAGGACAUAAAAAGAAACAAGGCACUGUCAAGAGGCAUAGUGUCUGAAAUGGUAGCCAAACCUACUUCAUCUUCUAAUACCAAAUUGGUAGAAAAGUCAAAACCCGUUGACCAGCAAAGACCUACUAUAACAACAGCAACUGUUAGUAGUAGGUCAGGUCAACCCAAAGAAACUGCAGAACAGAGAAAAGCUCGUCUGAGUGAGUGGAAAGCUGGCAAAGGAAGAGUAUUGAAAAGACCUUCUAACCCAGUAGUUCAACAACCUGAGCCUGAGGGACAAGCUGAAAAACCAGUGGGGUCCUUCUGGACUACCAUGGCAGAAGAAGAUGAGCAAAGACUAUUUACUGAAAAAGUAAACAAGACAAUUUCUGAAUGCCUGAACCUGAUUACAGAGGGGUGCCCAAAAGAAGAAAUACUGAUCACACUGAAUGACCUGAUUAAAAAUAUUCCAGAUGCCACAAAACUUGUUAAGUAUUGGAUUUGCCUUGCACGUAUUGAACCAAUCACAAGUCCUAUUGAAAAUAUUAUUGCAAUCUAUGAGAAGGCCAUUCUGGCAGGGGCUCAGCCUAUUGAAGAGAUGCGGCACACGAUUGUAGAUAUACUAACAAUGAAGAGUCAAGAAAAAGUUAAUUUUGGAGGAAAUACUGAAGAGGCUUAUGCAACCAAGGAACAAAUCCAACAGGGCAACACUGAAGAUAAAGAUCUUAAUCUAGAACCAGUAAAACAGGAAAUAGAAAAUAAACAUAGAAAUGUGGUGUUUCAAGAUUGUGAAAAAGAACAAGAUGAUAAAACAAAAGAUUCAACCAAUGAUGUUAAAACCCCCAAUACUGAAACCAGAGCAAGUUGCUUAAUUAAAUAUAAUGUAUCCACUACACCAUACUUGCAAAGUGUAAAAAAGAAGAUGCAAUUUGAUGAAACGAAUUCUACAUAUAAAGAGCUGAAGUUUCUUACACCAGUGAGACGUUCCCGUCGUCUUCAAGACAAGACUUCCAAAUUGCCAGAUAUGUUAAAAGACCAUUAUCCUUGUGUGUCUUCACUGGAGCAGUUAACAGAGCUGGGAAGUGAAACCGACGCUUUUGUCUGCCGUCCUAAUGUAGCACUCUGCACGAUGUUCUCUGAGACCAAUACAACAGAAGAGGAAUAAAGCUCUGAUGAAGAAUGGGGUUUUGUUAUUCCUGAGUGUUGUCUUUUGUGUGGCUUUGUAUUUCCUUUUGGUCUGGAGAUGGCUAAGUCCCUAAGUAUUCUUAAAAGUGAGCUCCUUUCCUAGCAUUUAUCUUAUAACAGGCAUUGCCUUUCUAUGCAGUGAAAACAUAAUCCUGCCUUGUCGAUCUCAACACUUUUCUUUAAAAUAAAUAGUUUAAAACAGCUAGUUUACUGUGUUCCUUGACUAUAAACAGGUUUGGUCAUGUUAGCUUCUUUACUUAAUCUAAGUACAGUAAGAUGUAUCAUCAGAAAAUAAAAUGUUCUUGAUAAAGUUUCUAGUUUUGUAUUUUAAAAAGUUGUGCUAAUUUUUUUUGAUGACUGAGUAGAACCAACUCCCUUCAAGUAUAAAACAAGGUUUGGCUUGCUUUUCCACCAAAUUCCUGUUACCCAGACUGUUGUGCCCUGUUGUGUCUCUUGGACUGCUUGUCAUUUUCAUCAGUGAUAGCCUGUGUCUCUGGACUCUUGGCCUUUUUCUUUUAAUUAUAACUGAGGUCACUAAAAAGGAUAAAUAGCUUAUUCCUAAAAGAGGGUUCUUUGUGUAAGAAAGACAAGAAACCACAUUUUGUAGAUAUUUGAAACUUUAAUCUGAGUUCCUUUUAUAACUUGACUACCUAAAACAUUAACUUCUAUAGCUUCAUUUCAUAGUUUAUUAACUAUUAGAAUUGAAUUAGGAAAGGGAGUAUAUAAUAUUUAAUAAAUGUCAAUCUUGCUGAGGUAUCAUUUCUAAAAUAACCAAAUACUUAUACUUGCUUUCUCCUCUAUAACAACUUUACUUCUCAGUCAUGACUCCAGCAAAAUAAAAUUUAUAUACAGUAAAGCAUUUUCUCCCCAUAUAUAAAUCCACCAAUAAAGCUGUUUUGUAAGUCCCAGAACUAAUAUUUUCAUUUCAUACAUCCUUUUG